CGUCCACGGCGAGGGGCUUGUUGCUCUUCACGGCGCAGAUGAGGGCCGUCCUGCCGUCGCCGUCCCUCGCGCCCACGAGCGCGCCGGCCCGGAUCAGCGCCGUGAUGGCAUCGACGUGGCCCGCGUCCGCGGCCAGGUCGAGAGCGUUCGGUUGGUCGUCGGGGACCCCGGCCACGCGGAGGGCAACGUCCGCGCCGGCGGCCAGGAGGGCCUCCAGCGCGGCGAAUCGGUCCGGAGAACCGGCUGCAAGAUGCAGCGGCGACCUCCCUAGGCCGUUCACCUUGUUCACGUCGGCCCCGUGCCUCGCGAGAGCGGCAACCGCGGAGGCGGAGUUGGCGACGGUGGCGGCGUGGAGCGGGCUGGAGCCCAGGAUGUCCGCGGCGUCGAGGUUGGAGCCGCUCUUGACUAACAGGUCAAUAGAGGCGAUCUGGUCGGAUUCUCCCGCCAGGUGGAGUGCUGUUAUCUCGUUCGGUGGAUCGGCGGUGUUCACGUCGGCGCCGUGCUGGAUCAGCGCUCGCAUUACGCCCACGUGACCGUUCUUGGCGGCGAUGCCGAGGGCGCUACGGUUGUUUUCGUCGCACCGGUCCGUGAUGCUUGCGCCGGCAGCCAGGAGAGCUUCCGCCGCACCCGUAGACCCGGCCAAGGCCGCAACUUGUAAGGCUCUGCCUUUCUUGCCCCAGGUAUUGCUCACGCUAGCCCCAACAGACAUGAGCCACUUGAUCGCGCCAACCUGAUCCGACAGUAUCGCGGCGUAGAGAGCGUCUCCAACCGCUCGCAUAAACUCCCACCUCGCUUUAUCGCGCACAUGUGCGCACAUUGAUUUUAGCGCGUUCAUGUUCCCUAGGGAAGCAGCCACGUCCAAAGGUGAGUACCUGCAAGCAGAUACGCAAGAAAUAUAGGUUGGGUCCGAGCCCCACCUCAGAAGAAUUUCCACGGUGGAAUCAUGACCGUGCUGCACGGCGAGGUGAAGAGGUGUGUGGUUACUGGCGUCGCGGCCAAACAGCAACGCGUCGUGAGUCAGGAGGGCAGAGAUCGCCUCGUUGGAGCCAUACGCGCAGGCGACGUGAAGGGCCGACCACCUGUGGCGGCCGGGGGAACGGGCUUCGACCCUAGCGCCCGCCUUGACGAGCACAUCGAUAGAGUACGGCUGGUUGUUCAAGGCGGCGAGGUAGAGCGCGGUAACGCCAUCCGAGUCGCUGGCGUUGACGUCGCACCCAUGCCGGAUGAGCAUCUUCAAUAUUUGCUGGUGACCCCCGCAGGCGGCUAAGUCAAGCGCGCUGUACUCGUCGCUGCCAUAACGACGGUCUACAAACCCUGCGUUGUCUU